CUGCAAUCGGUGUUGUUGUGGGGAGCUGAAAGAGCAGAAGGAUGUGGUUAUCACAAUUAAACACUUUGGCUUUUUUAUUAGCUUUUGUAGGACGGUACCACACGUCAGCUCUUCAGGAUGUAACUGCGGACCUCUUCGGUGCCGAGAACUACGGGACGGUGGCGGCGUUUGGGGAUUUUAACUCGGAUAAACAGACAGACAUCUUCAUGAUCAGAGAACAGUCUGAACUGGUCAUAUUCCUGGCGGACCCAAAAAUACCCUACUUCAAGCCCCAUGUCCAAAACGUUAAAAGCUCUUUGCCAAGGAGCACCAUCAUCACCAGUGUGGUUCCUGGAGACUAUGAUGGAGACUCACAGAUGGAUGUUCUUCUCACAACUCAGACCAUCCCCCCAGCAGCAACAUCUGUUUUCAUCUUCUGGGGGAACAACCAGACUUUAGAUAUGGAUUGGCUCAGACUGAACAAGACCUUCACAGAUCAACCCCUUGUGAUGGACUUCAAUGGGGACAUGGUCCCAGAUAUUUUUGGAGUCACCGACUCAGCACUUACUGAAGUCUGCUAUCUCACCAAAAGGGUUCAAGUGUGGCAGAAUGUGCUGACUUCACCUAUCAAAAUGCGAAACCUUCACUCUAACGCUUUCAUUGACCUCAACAAGGACUUGACAGCUGAUUUAUUCCUAACAACUGAAGGCCCAGCAUUUGAGACCUGGCUGAGCAAGGACGGGAACUUCACCAAAUCUGAAAUCAUGCCAGCAAAGCCACCAGCCAACAAUGUCGGACAGUCCUCCUUUGUCGACUUCGAUGGUGAUGGCUAUCAGGACCACCUCCUCCCUGUGUGUUUGGAUGGACCAAAGUGUCAGCGCAGUGCCAUCUACCUGGCCAAGUCAGGCUCACAAGAGUGGGUACCGAUACUGUCAGAUUUCCAGCAGAGGGAAACAGUUUGGAGCUUUGUGCCAGGGAGCCCCAUCCAACCCCUGGCCCUGCACCUUGGGGACUACAACCUGGAUGGCUUCCCUGAUGCCCUGGUGGUCCUGCGCAACACCAGUGGAAGUCCCAGUGUUCAGCAGGCCUUCCUGUUGGAGAACGUGCCCUGUAACAACGUCAGCUGCCAUAGUGUGGGAAGAAUGUUUCACAUCCACUGGGACCAAUCAGAUUUGGGAGCCAUCCAAAAUGCAAUAAUGGCAACAUUCUUUGACAUCUACGAGGACGGUAUAUUAGACAUGCUGGUUCUGAGCCAGACAACGGGCAAAAAUGACUUGAUCAUCCACGCUUUAAAGAACAAUUUUGAAGCUGACGCCUACUUCGUUAAAGUGAUGGUGCUCAGCGGCCUCUGCUCCAAUAGCUGCCCAGAAGAUGUGAAGCCCUUUGGUGUUAACCAGCCAGGUCCCUAUGUCAUGUACACCACAGUGGACUCCAAAGGUUACCUGAAAAAUGCCUCAGCCGGUCAGUUGAGCCAGUCUGCUCACUUCUCCCUGCAGCUGCCCUACACUGUGCUGGGCCUUGGACGCAGCGCCAACUUCCUGGACCACCUUUAUGUCGGCAUCCCCCGGCGGCCUGGAGACACGGAGAUAAGGAUGAAGGAGUGGACGGCCGUCAUUCCCAACUCUCAGCUCAUCGUCAUCCCCUUCCCACACGACCAGCCCCACAGUUGGAGCGCUAAACUGUACCUGACUCCUAGCAACAGCGUGCUGCUGACGGCCAUCGCACUGAUCGGAGUGUGCGUCUUCAUCCUCGUCAUUAUUGGCAUCCUGCAUUGGAAAGAGAAGAAAGCAGAUGAUCGAGAGAAGAGACAGGAAGCCCACCGUUUCCAUUUCGAUGCCAUGUGAAGUGCAUCAUGGGAGAACAUCCUCUCCUGCACUCCUCCGCCCGGCCGCCACCCUCCUUCACAGACACACACACACACACAAAC